AUGUUUGAAAGUCCGUCUCGCAGUAACGCCGAUCUGGUCGAGUUAUUGAAGAGUAAGUCGAUAGAAUCUUCUCAAAAAGUCAUCGAAAGGGUACUGUAAACAUCAAAGGUCAUAUUUACUAUAAAAAGGGCAUGUCACUUAUCGGUGAUUUUUAGGAAAAGGUGCAUAUACGUCUGAUGUGGUGAAGAAGGUGUUGCUAUCGGUGGAUCGUGGUGAUUAUGCCAGAGUCGCGCCGUACUGUGACAUGCCACAGAGCAUUGGGUUUAACGCAACAAUCAGCGCUCCUUUCAUGGUACGGUUUCCCCUUUUUUGAUAAGAUUUUUUGUUAGUUUAGGUAAAGAGCUGGCGCUUUAUUAAAAAUAGCUGUAACUUUGUAACGCUAUUACUAAGAGUCUUCAAAUUUGGACUGAAGAUGCCUCAAAUAACCUUUUUUGAUUCCUAAGAAUGUCAAAAGUUACAGUAGCCUACAUUUUUCAGCACGCUCAAUCUUUGGAACGCUUGGCUCCAGUAAUAAAAGAGGGCUCACGAAUUUUGGAUAUUGGCUGUGGUUCUGGUUAUUUGACAGCUUGUCUUGCUAAGAUGGUUGGUCCUAAUGGCAAAGUGGUUGGUAUCGAUCACAUCCCAGAGCUAGUGGAGCUCUCAGAAAGGAAUAUUCGCAAAAAUAAUGAGGAUUUACUGGAAUCCGGGCGAAUUAUUUUGGUGGUUGGGGAUGGACGUCUUGGCUACGCUGAGGAAGGACCUUAUGACGCGAUUCAUGUGGGUGCCGCUGCUCCGAAGAUCCCACAGGAGGUGAGGAUUAAUAUCAAAAUUUUUUUUGUCAAAUACGCGGUUUGUUCCCCGAAAUAUAUGGCCUCGUUUUAGUUAGUAGAUCAACUAGCUCCCGGCGGCCGAAUGUUGAUCCCAGUUGGAGUCGCAAAUCAGGAAUUUUUGCAAGUUGACAAGUCAGAAGAUGGAAAAGUAACUGCCAAGAAUUUAUUCGGCGUCAUCUAUGUUCCAUUGACCAGUCGAGAUCAUCAAAUGAAAGGUCGUCAAUUCUAA